AUGGAUAACUGGAGAAUUGUCAUGUUGGGAGAUGGUGGUGUUGGCAAAACUGCCUUAGCUAUUCAAUUUUCCCGCAACUGUUUCAUCCGUGAUUAUGACCCAACAAUAGAAGACUCUUAUAGAAAGCAGUUAAUUGUGGAUAACAAGAGGAGUUGCAUUGAAAUAAUUGACACUGCUGGACAGGAAGAGUAUGGAAAUUUGCGCAACCAAUGGGUUCGGGAGGGCCAGGGCUUUAUUCUGGUUUACUCAAUUACAUCAAGAUUCAGCUUUGAACGGCUUAAGGCCUUCCAACAAUCUCUGGUCAAAGUCAAGCAUCAAAAACCCAUCUUUAUCCUGGUAGCCAACAAAUGCGAUAUAACGCAUGAACGUGAAGUCUCACAUAAGGAAGGAAUUGCCCUUUCGCAAACAUUUGGGUGUAAAUUCCUGGAGACAUCAGCAAGGACGGCGUAUAAUGUUGAGCUCCUCUUCUCAAACAUAGUACAAGCCCUACGGCAAACAAAAUGGAUGGAGUCUAGGAUGGUAGGAAUGAUAGGAGACAAACCGCCAAAGGAAUGCAAGAAUGACAAGAAAGCUAGAUGCGUGGUGAUGUGA